AUGGAAGCUUGCAGCAUGCAUGAUCCCUCAAUCUUGAACUCGGCCAGGUCCCCGGAUCUGGAGCGAAAUGACAGCGGUGACUUUCUCAUGAACCAGACCGUCCAGAACUUCUCGUGGAAGGAUCUGACUGUCACGGUCAAAGAUCGAGAGACCAAGAACACCCGCGAUUUGAUCAAUUCGAUCAGCGGGGAUGCACAACAUGGGGAGUUGAUUGCCUUGAUGGGGCCCUCUGGCUGCGGAAAGACCACUCUACUCAACGUACUUGCUCGACGUGCCGCGUCAUCUGGCGCAAAGGUCACCGGGGAGACCUAUGUGAACAACUCGCAGGUGGACUCGAAGAAUUUCCAGCGGAUGACCUCAUACGUUGAGCAGGAGGAUGCACUGAUAGGAUCCUUGACUGUGCAGGAGACGUUGAAGUUUGCGUCCGAUCUUUCUUUGACCAGGUAUGUCAAUUGUUCCGCCGAAAUACCCCUUAUCACUACCUGUACUGACUGCAAAAGUUCUGUUUCAAAGCACCAACGCAUGGAACGUGUCAGAACCCUCUUGGAGGCAUUUGGUAUCCAAAAGCAAGCGAACACAAUAGUCGGUACGCCAAUCCGAAAGGGAAUCAGCGGUGGCCAGAAGCGGCGUGUGAGUGUGGCUAGCCAGCUCAUCACCUGCCCCAAGAUUCUCUUCUUGGAUGAGCCAACUAGCGGGUUGGACUCUACUGCCAGCUAUGAGGUGAUAUCAUAUGUAAAGGCACUAGCUCGGGCCAAUAAUCUCAUAAUUAUCGCGAGUAUCCACCAACCCUCGACUACAACGUUCAAUCUGUUUGACAAGCUACUUCUACUCUCCUCUGGGAGGACUUGCUAUUUCGGGAAAACUGAGAACGUGGAGACUUACUUUGAUUCCAUCGGACAUCCGGUCCCUCUUCAAACAAACCCUGCCGAAUUCUUGCUGGACCUUGUCAGCUCGGACUUCUCGAGGACCAAGGAACCAGCCGGUGAGCGGGUGCAGGCUAUUCAACAUGCCUGGAAGGAGUCCACGCAAUCGAUUGCUUUUGAGAGACAGAUUGCGGAGCGAGUCAAUUCAGUGGAGAAGGUCACAAAAGAUUGGACCGAGGAUGACAUGACUCGACCAAAUGGACUAUCCAUUACGAUGGCCCUUUUGCAUCGCUCCUUCAUCAAGUCUUACCGCGAUGUCGUUGCGUAUGGAAUCCGCAUCGUCAUGUAUCUUGGUUUGGCUAUCAUGAUGGGCACAGUAUGGCUCCGGCUUCAUCCUUCGCAGGAGUACAUCCAGCCUUUCACCAAUGCGAUAUUCUUCGGCUCCGCUUUCAUGUCUUUCAUGGCAGUGGCCUAUGUUCCAGCAUUCCUGGAAGACCGAGCAACCUUCGCCAAGGAGAGAGCCAAUGGUCUUUACGGUGCAACGCCUUUCAUGGUCUCCAACUUUAUCAUCGGACUGCCGUUCUUGUUCCUCAUAUCCAUGCUCUUUUCGAUCAUAUCAUAUUGGCUCUCAAACUUCCAGCCAACGGCAGAGGCCUUUUUUACUUGGGUGAUGUGGAUCUUCCUCGAUCUAGUUGCCGCCGAAUCGCUGGUAGUCUUGGUGACAGCAAUCUUCCCAAACUUUGUGAUCGCCUUGGCAUUGGUAGCAUUUGCAAAUGGACUAUGGAUGAGUGUCGGGGGCUUCUUGGUCACGCCGACGAUUCUGAAUCCGUUUUGGAAAUACGUGUUCCACUACAUCGACUAUCAGGCGUAUGUUUUCCAGGGCAUGAUGGUCAACGAAUUUGCAGAGCGGAACUACUCUUGUGGUCCCGGUUGCCAGUGCAUGUACACCACUGACCUAGCGGACCAGUGUAUGAUUCGUGGCACUGGAGUACUCGAGUCAUACGGCUAUGCGACUGGUCGAACUGGGAAGUGGGCUGGCAUUCUUGUCGGUAUCAUCGCUGUUUAUCGAUUGUUUGGAUGGAUCGCGCUAUAUCUGCGCAAGAACUAA